AUGGACGCCGACGAGAGAUUAACGGCCUUGAAGAAGGCUUAUGCCGAUAUAAUUUUGAACACCGCGAAAGAGGCGGCAGCGAGGAUCAUGGUGUCGGAGAGAAGAGCUCUUCGUUUUCAGCACGAGCUGUAUGUGGCAAAAGAAGAUGCUCUUCAGAUGCUACAGAGACUCAAACGGAUGAUGGAUUCUAAGAUUUGUGAAGCAGAGAUUGCAUCUUCGAGUCAGCAGAAAAAGAUAGAAGAACUUGAAGCACAACUUCAGGAAGCUGAGGACAUCGUCAGAGACCUCAGAGAAGAGUUAAGACAAGUGCAGGCUGAAUUGGAGAGGGAGUCAAACAACAAAAUACAUGUGGAUGAACAUGAUACGGCUACUACAGAGGAAACAUCGGAGGAUCACACACUCUAUACUUCUCAGUCUGUCAUAUUGCCUCAUUCGGAAUCACCCCGUGAAUCUGUCCUAGUUUCUGACCUGAGAAAUUUGAAUUUGAGUCCUGGAAAUGAGGUCAGUCAUGAUAUUCCCUCCUUAGUAUUAAGAAGCAAAGAGCCUGAGCUGUACAGAAAUGGCUGCACCCAGAGAAUUCGUGCAUAUGAGAGGAACUUGUUGAAUGGGGAAUUAAGUGUAAGUGAAUAUGAAGAAGGUAAGAGGAUCUGUACAACACCCACUUAUGUGGCUGACAAUAUGUGUACUACAGAGAAGAAAGGAGGGGUACUGACAGAUUCCAGAUUUGUCAGCUGGUACCAAGUUCAGGCUGGUAAGUGUUUUCGUAGAAAAAGGAAGAGAACUACCAGAUAUAAGAAAAACAGAACGCCCUCCUGGUGGUUUCUUCCUGAACAAGCUAUUAAGACGGACCAAACACCUGCUAUAACUUGUUUGAGAACUCAUCCAAAUUUGGUUAUUAACAAUGCUCAGUCCAUUGAACGACCCUCUCAGAUGGCCCCACAAUUAACCUCAGAUUCAACUCAAAUGAGCACGCGGCUGGGAUUUGCCAAAACUGAUGUAUGUGGUGGAGAUUGUGUUAAAGCUUGUGGUGUUCAAAGCACAAUAAACAAGGAUGAUAUAUUGACAGAUAAAUUGCCAAUGAGACAGGAAGUUGGAUCUACAGAGAUUUCAGAAGUUCCAGUUGGUAGAAUGAAUCUUGAUAAAGAUGAUGUGCCAUUAAUAAAUUCAAAUGGAUCAAAAGCUUCUGAUACAACCCAUACAAUUCAUAGUCAACCUUUGAAUGAUAGGAUUAUCAAGUACACAUUCCAAAGAAAGCGGAAAAAAGUGUCUUUUAGUGGCUCUGAUGGGAAUGCCUCUGUUGAAAAUAGCACUUUGAAGAGGACAGAGGAGAAACAACCUGGUUCAAUGGAGCCACAAAAGUCGAGCUUGAUAACAGAAUCAUCAAGGGACAGUCGGCGAUUGGCGCAGGUUGCUCGUCAGCUAAUAUCUUUAUCAGAGAAAAAAUGGUGGCAGUAA